UAUACAUACAGAUGUCGUUUUGCAUCGUUAUUAUUGAAGUUAUUCCGAUGUUCUUUUUAGAACAAAAAUUCGCGCCCAAAUGAGUGAUAAAGAGCAGCAUAAGUGUGUUUUGUGUGACUCAAAAUUAGAUUCUAAAGAGGAAUUACAGGAACAUUUUAGAAAACAUGCAAAUAAAAAAAUAGAUGCUCGUGGACGUCCUGUUAAAGAUAGCAAAAAUGCAGACACCAAGUGCGAUGAGUGUGGUCAAUCAUUUGACAGUAUAACUGCAACAAUAAGACAUAAAUUUAAAGUCCAUUCUAAUUCCCAGACUAAAUUCUAUUGUCCCUAUUGUGGGAUGCAAUUUCCACUAAAAACACAUAGAGAUAAUCAUCAAACAUCGCAUGACCAAAAAGAAAGUAAAAAUAAAGAUGACCAUGCUAAGUGCGAGGAUUGCAAUGUAAUAUUUUAUAAUAAAAAAGCAUUUGAUUAUCAUCAUCGUUCGAUACAUAAAAGAAUGGUGCAUAUAUUUCAACCAAUUGUUACUCCACCCCCAAGCAACAAAAUUAAACUCAAUUCCAUGAAUGAUGCUUUAAGUGUUUACUAUUGUCAUUUGUGCGGUGCAGAGUACAUUAUCAAAUUUAAUUUACAGCAACAUUUGGAACGUGCUCAUUCCAAGGAAGAAAGAGACACCAUACCAGGAGAUCUAAUUAAAUGUACCAUUUGUGCUGCAUUAUUUAGUAGUAAAAAAGCAUAUGAUGUUCACAAUAGUUAUCAUCGACCUGAUGAUUUAUAUGUAACAUCGGAAGAACAGAGAUUGCAGACUGUUACAAAAAUAGAUCAAGACUUUGAUAUUAGAAGAGUCGAAGCGGUAGCUAAUAAAUACGUUACUAAAACUAAUAUAUCCAAGAGGCCAGCUAAACAUUGGUCUAAGCAAGAAAAAAUGCAAACAUUAAACAAACCUAUAAAAGAAGAAUACUCUUCAUCUGACAAUGACCUUGCUUGUGCUAAAGAUUCCAGCGAUUCUGAAAGUGAUCUUCCUUUAAAACAAAGAUUCUCUAGCUAGCAAAGGUCCACAUCUAACUUUAAAGUAAUUGUAUUGACUUUAAAUAUUGAAUUUUUUAUUAACCCUUUGACUACAGUAGACUUUGAAAUACAUUAACAUAUUUCUACCAUA